AUGAUCGAAGAGCCCGGCGUUCCCUUCGGCUUUGCUCACCUUGGCUGGGUUCAAGACGUCAGUGCUAAACCGAAAGUAGAUCAAGUUUGGGCCUACCUUCGUAAGUCAACGCAUUGCAUCCGGCAAGGACAUCGCGGAUGGAACUUCAAAGAAGAGGGCUACGUGCGGAACGUAUUAUAUAAUACGGACACCGACUCUGCAUCAGAACAUGUCACACUGGUGCGUGGUGUAUGCCUACCAUCAAUGCGUAAGGGUGGUUACACGACGACGGCGUGGUACCAAGACGACGGCACUGUUUCUGUUUGCGUUGAUCAGUUUGUUGGCACUGUAGAAGCGCCGAUCCGUGUCUCGGUCGCCUUGACAAUCCCUUUCAGUGACUUAUUCUGCGUUUCUAGCACAAAGCUCAGUGGUACAUGUGAGCAUGUUGCCGCAUUGCUCUUCCAUGCUGGUGCCACGAAACAGCCCCAAGUCUCCUGUACAGAUGUGCCUUGUGCUUGGAUUGUGCCCCUUGCAGCUAAAAAGCCGGCCCCAGUUACUCCACUGCAAGAUAUAACUUUCCGGAAGCACUUGGUCAAUAAGGUUACCCACGUCAAGACCAAGCUGCGCCUCUUUGACCCAUGUGCGAAUUCCCCAAAUCGUGACAACAGAGAUUACACAAGGACUCUCAAACGACUGGAAAAAGUACAUCCAAGCUUGAUGGUCCUGAGGUAUUUCCCUGGAAAGUCCGUUCAGCCCUCUCAGGCAGCGCAGCCAACACUCACAAUAGGCGACGACGAAGACCUCUGGGGCCCCCACGUAUCUCAGGAGGUAGACAAGUACAUCACGUCACUCCCGCAACUGACUGUGAGUGAGAGAGAAAAAUUGUGCGAGAGUACCAAGGGGCAGGCAGACAAUGCAAAAUGGUACUCCGAAAGAACUGGUCGCGUCACGGCAUCAAACUUUGGCAGAGUGGUUCGCUGCACGAAACCUGACUACCUUGUGAAGCAAAUACUCUACCCCAGAAAAAGUGCUCAUUCAGAAGCCAUAGCAUAUGGGAGGGAGCAUGAAGCUGAAGCAGUGGAUGCUUACGUGCACCUGAUGCACCUGUAUGACAGGCCCGUUGAAGUGAUAGAGACUGGUCUCAUCGUGCAUCGGAAGUACCCAUUCAUUGCAGCCUCACCAGACCGCCUUGUGAAGGAGGGAGACAUGGAUGGACUGCUGGAGGUAAAGUGUCCGCUGUCCAAGAGGGGGAUAACAGCAGAAGAGGCCAGCAACGACAAGAGGUUCUGCUGCAGCAUUGUUGACGGCGAGGUUCGCCUGAAACCCUCACAUGCAUAUUUCUAUCAAGUACAAGGCCAGAUGGCCGUAGCAGAAAGAGAAUGGUGCGACUUCGUUAUCUGGACAAAUGAUGGAGCUGGGAACGGGACCACACAUGUUCAAAGGAUAGACUUUGACCGCUCGUUUUGGGAGGAAGAGAUUUUGCCUGGCAUCCUGCACUUUGUUAGGCACGCGCUUGUCCCUGAAGUGCUGACCAAGAGAAUACAGAGGAUAGGAAAAUUGUACACCAAAGGUGGCUAUAUUCCCUUUGGCAAGUACAAGAAAAACAACAGCAAAGACAAUGAUGGGUUUGACUAG